GAUGCAAUAUGGAAUCAUUCCAGCAGUUUGAAAAGCAGGUCGCCCAAGAGACUUAUCCCGGUUUAACACGCGAAAAUGUCGCAGACUUGGUUUUCCCCAACUUGACCUCGCUUUGGCUGUCGCAAGAGCCUGAGGACCAGGCGAGCCUCAAGCGACUCAAACAGGUUUGGGACAUGUUCGCCUCAUGCUGGAGCCCUCAAGACAAGAUGCAAAUCUAUCGUCUCCUCCCUGAGGUGCGAACUAACUCUACAAAUCGAAAGGUCCCUAGCAAACACAAACUCUACAAACACGACAUAACCUUCGGGCUCUGGGUUGUCCUCCGUUGCAUAUAUCCUGAUCAGAAACUUUCAACUCUCAGACUUGCUCUCAUGGAAAGGUAUCCAGGUAUAGAUCUCAGUGCCUUCACUGGUCCUGUUCCCAGGGUUUCCUGCAUGGUCCCCGAGGACAUCGUCAGGAAACGUGAGCCCAAACCUGUGACUCCUUGCUUUGAGACGAAAUGGCUUGAGGAAGAUGAUAAGAUCAACCCUAGCGAUUUAUCCGUCAAAGAGGAGGACUGCAACUCUGACGAUACUGUAAUUCAUACCCCGAAAUUUGAGCCUCACAAGGACCAGCCGCGCUCCACUAAACCUGACAAGCCUUCCGCCCAACGAUUGAAGGGGGUCGAGUCGAAAAUGCGAGGCAUGGUUCUUGGAGAACCUCACAAUGCUUCUUACAAUGCUUCUUACAGCAAGUUUCUGAAGUCAAAGUCCAGCAAAGCGCCAGUAGAUACAUCUAAUUAUGGCCCCGACAUCACAAGGCUAUGCAUCAGUCCUAUGACCGUCCACGAAGCAGACGUUGAAUCCUCGGCUAGCGACGAUUCUUCUCCUGAGGACGACUCUACCCAUACUGCACUUUCUGAAAAGCGGUUCCUCGAGUUGAAGAAUCUCAUUACCAAUGUUACGACUAAAUCGAAACGAGAUGUUUCUAAUGAAAUGCGAAAGAUGCAUACCGAGACGACGAAGCAGAUUCAGAACAUGCACACUGAGAUGAUUGACCAGUUCAAGAAGAAUCGAAAGACGUUGGUUGAUGUUGGUAAACAAGUUGCUGAGAUACGAGCACACAUCGAGCUUGCGCGUAUGGAUCGGAAGGAUCUGGACGAACUUGAGGCCAGAGCCAUCAAUCUUGAGGAGUUCAUCUUGUCACUUUGAGUGGUUUUGAGGAGGCAGUUGGUGUGUUCUCAAAACGUUGAAACAUUCUUCUGCUACAUACUAUGGAGAGUGUCUGGGUUACAGAACAAGGAGAGAUCGCCAAAGGGAGAGUUAUUUGCGUACGGAUGUGGAAACUUGAUACAUGGGCCUUUUCGGCAUCACAGGAGCCGUGCAAUGCGAUAUGCAUGUGCUAUUAUCUGACGGGACAUCCAGAGGCAUUGGGCAGCAAGAGACCAAUAACCUGUGGGAAGUGAAGGCGCUUUGUUCUGGAACCCUGCAGGGCGUUAUUAAUUACAGUGGCGUCUGCUAAAGACAGCCACUGCCUCAUGUCUGAGCUCUCAUAUUUUGAAUCCGGG